AUGUCUGCCGUUCAGCCCGUCGCAGUCUAUGCGCUCCGGGUUCCUCCCGGUGCCAUGGUUGCUGCAGUUCCCAAUGCUGCUGCUUCGUUCCGCAUCAGUAUGGCUGCCAUUGAUCCCGAUGAGGAGCCUGAGUACGAGGAUGACGCCGACUCGAGCAAGCCUGCCCGUGCUACCCUGAAGAUUGUUCGCGCUCCUCCCGGUCUUGACCUCGAUGAGGACUCCGACGAUGAGGACUACAGCGACGAGGAGGAGGAAGACUCCGAUGAAGAGGAGGAGGCCAACGGUGGCCCCAGCGACAAGGAGAAGGCCCGCAAGCUCAAGGCAGCUGCCGCCAUGAAGGACCUCGAGGAUGCUAUGGAGGAGGAUUCUGAUGAGGGUGACGAUGAGGACUUCGACCUGAAGGCCGCUAUCUCCAAGCUGAUCAAGGGCAAGGGUCCUGCCCUUGACGAUGAGGACGAUGAGUCCGAGGAGGGUCUUGAGCUCGACGAGAACGUUAUCUGUACCCUCAGCCCCACCCAGAACUGCCAACAGACUCUUGACAUCACUGUCUGCGAGGGUGAGCCCGUCUUCUUCAAGGUUACUGGUAACCACACUGUCUUCCUGACCGGUAACUAUGUCAUUGGUCUCGAUGAGGGUCACGACCACGACCACGACCAUGACCACGAUGAUGAGGAUGAUGAGGACGACUAUGACCUGUCCCCCGAUGAAGAUGAGCUCGAUAUCGACGAGAUCAUGGCCAUGCAGGAUGAUGACGAGAGCGACGACCUUGAUGCGAUGGACGACCCCCGCGUCACCGAGGUCGACAGCGAGGAGGAGGCUGAGGCCCCCAAGCUUGUCCAGGCCAAGAAGGGCAAGAACAAGCGCGCCGCUGAGGAGGAGGCCAGCCUCGAUGACCUGAUGGCCAAGGCCACCAAGGCCAAGUCCACCAAGGCUGAGGAGCCCGUCCUUACCAAGGCCCAGCAGAAGAAGCUCAAGAAGAACAACGGUGACGCCGCCGCUGUUGAGCCCGAGGCCAAGAAGGAGACCAAGGCCGACAAGAAGGAGGCCAAGACCGACAAGAAGGUCCAGUUCGCCAAGAACCUCGAGCAGGGUCCUACCCCCUCCGGUGACAAGCCCACUGGCUCCCUCGGUCUGAAGGAGGUCCGUGGUGUCAAGAUGGACGACAAGAAGCUCGGAAAGGGUGUUGCUGCCAAGAGCGGCAAUGUUGUCGCCAUGCGUUACAUUGGAAAGCUCGAGAACGGCAAGGUCUUCGACUCCAACAAGAAGGGUAAGCCUUUCACCUUCAAGCUCGGCAAGGGUGAGGUUAUCAAGGGUUGGGACAUCGGUGUCGCCGGCAUGGCUGUCGGUGGUGAGCGUCGCAUCUCUAUCCCUCCUGCCCUCGCCUACGGCAAGAAGGCUCUCCCCGGCAUCCCCGCCAACUCCAAGCUCAUCUUCGAUGUGAAGCUCCUCGAGAUCAAGUAA